AUAAUAUAUACAAUUCACCAGUUUACGAGUCACAGUCUGAAAACUUUUGAUAAGGAAAAAAAGAAAAAGUGGACGGUUACAUUCUACCAAUUUCAAUACAAUGAGACGUGAAUGCUAUGUUUUUUGCAUCCUCUUUGCUCUCUGCAUUACCGCCACCAUGGCUUCCCAUAAGGAAGCUUCAGGAGGACUAAUCGCCAAUGGUUUGAACCCAAUAAAAAAUCUCAACGACCCUCACGUGGUAGAUAUUGCUCAAUUUGCUGUGACAGACUAUAAUAAGCAAUCUGCUGCCCAUCUCAAGUUGGUGAAGAUCAACAACGGCUAUACACAGGUGGUGUCUGGCGGCGUAAACUACAACCUCCUCCUGUUGACAUUCGGUGGCCUCCCUGAUAAUAGGUACGAGGCCAUUGUGUUUGAGAAUAAUUCUCAGAACUCGAGGAAGCUCAUUUCCUUCCACCCUCUUCAUGAUUGAUGCUUGAUGCAUGUAUUUCCUACUAUAUUAUUAUUCUAUAUAAUCAUAUCCUCGUUAUGUAAAGUUCAUGCUUUUUUAUGGGAGUAAAUAAAUCG